AAACUAAUUCUUUCUAUCCUAGUUAUUGUUCAAAAUGAUACAUUUAAUGAAAGUCUUGCUGAAGAAAAAGAAGGUAUUUCAGUUAUUACAAAAUGUAUUUGUGUAAAAACUUUAGAUGAGAAAAAUUCUGAUGAUCAAAAACAAGAGAUAUUUAAAAAAAUACAACAAUCAGCUGUAUUUAUUAUUUGGAAACUUUCAUUUUAUGGACCAACAACAAGUACAAAAUUAAAAUCAAAUGAUUUAUUUAUUGAACAAAUUCUUAUGUUAUUAAAUGGAAGUUCAAAGAAAUCUAUACAACAUGCAAAGGCAAUCAUAUGGAGAUUAGGUAGUGAAGAAAUGAUACGUUUAGAACAAAUACAUAAAAAGAAACAUCAACGACAAAAUCAAGAAGAUAUAACAGGUGAUGAUCAAUUUCUUUCAACUGAUGAAUGGGAUGAAUCAAUUCCUUAG